ACAAAAUAUUGGGAUCCUGUCUUCUUUUUACACCGCGUAGAUAAUUAUGCAUACCCGCACACAUAUAUAAAGAGGAAUUAAGUCUCUCAUCGAGUAAUUUCAAUUCUUGAAAAUGCCACCCUGGUGGGGGAAAAAAUGUGGCAAAAACAAGGAAAAAAAGCCGGAGGAUUCUGCAGCAAUCAAGAAUGAAAAGAAAAGGGACAAAGAUAAUAAGAAUAGGGGUGAACAGUUAAGAAAUUCACCAAGGAAUAGCAGAGAUUUUUCAGGAUUUGAUUCAACCCCAUCUUCUUUGGAUAGAGGACACCCACUGCCUACCCCUUCUUCAACAUCAAAUGAUAAUAAUAUUCACGGGUUUGGAUUCGGGUUCGGAACUGGGUCCAGUUCUGAUUCAAGCGUCAGCUCAUUUGGGUCGUUUGAUGAUCAUCCUCAUACUGUUGAUCAUGGCGCUUUCAGAACAAAUGUAGAUAACAAAUCAAGUCCAGUUCUGCGAAGCCCUGGUCGAGGACUAAGGCAUGGAACUAAUAUAAUGACAUCUCCUCAUCGUUCACGAUAUGGUGUUAUUAGUUCAGAUUCUCCAACUGGGAGAUCAGAAGAUGGAAAGAGUGAAUUUUAUAGACUGCCUCUUCCACCCACUUCGCCUACCAGCCCUUUUGCUCUGCUGUCCCCAAGAAGUCCUGGAGUGAAUGAAAGCUCACAUAAUAGUUUAACAAAAUGGAGGAAAGGGAGGCUUCUAGGAAGAGGCUCUUUUGGUCAUGUUUACCUUGGAUUCAGCAGUGAGAAUGGACAAAUGUGUGCCAUAAAAGAAGUCAAGGUUGUUUCAGAUGAUCCGACGUCGAAAGAAAGUCUCAAGCAAUUGAACCAGGAGAUUACCUUGCUUAGUCAGCUCUCGCACGGGAACAUUGUUCAGUACUACGGAAGCGACCUGAAUGAAGAAGCACUAUCAGUUUAUUUGGAGUACGUUUCUGGAGGCUCAAUCCACAAAUUACUGCAAGAACACGGAUCCUUCAGAGAGCCUGUUAUACAAAAUUAUACUCGGCAAAUUCUCUCUGGGCUUGCUUAUUUACAUGGAAGAAAUACAGUGCACAGAGAUAUAAAAGGAGCAAACAUAUUAGUAGACCCGAAGGGUCAUAUCAAACUUGCUGAUUUUGGCAUGGCAAAGCAUAUAACAGCGUAUUCUUCAAUGCUCUCUUUCAAAGGAAGUCCUUAUUGGAUGGCACCAGAGGUUGUAAUGAAUAUGAAUGGCUACAGCCUUGCAGUGGAUAUAUGGAGCUUAGGAUGCACAGUUCUUGAAAUGGCGACAUCAAAACCACCUUGGAGCCAAUAUGAAGGGGUUGCUGCAAUAUUUAAAAUCGGAAACAGCAAAGAUAUGCCUGUGAUUCCUGAUCACCUAUCUGACGAUGCGAAAAGUUUUAUACGACUCUGCUUGCAGAGGGAGCCAUCCGCAAGGCCCACAGCUUCUCAACUACUGGAACACCCUUUUGUGUGCCAAAAUACAGGACGGUCUAUGAAUAUAACCCGAGAACCUUUUCCACAUACCUUUGAUGGAAGCCGCACUCCGACAGCAUUGGAGCUACGCUCGAGCAGAAUGAAUAAUAUUUCUUUUGACAGAGAUGAUGCAGCGAGAACUGCAGUUUCGAGGACCUUAUUCAGCCCAAGGGGAGAUGCUAGAACGAUGACAUCCUUGCCGGUGUCUCCCUCAUCAAGCCCAUUACGCCAUAAUGAUCAUAAGAUUUGA